CAGCAACAGUUUGGAAAAAUGGCAAAAGCAUAGAGACCAAAACCAUCAACGUCACAGACAGCAGUGAGUUGACUUGUUUUGAGUCAGAGUCCAUCUGCAUAUGCCAGAAUUAGACUGAACAGUCACAGUUGUUGUGUAAGUACUUCCUCAUUUCUGACAUGUAGAGGAAUUUGUGUGAAUUGGUAAAUAAGAUGUAACUGUGCAUCUUUCCGUAGAAAACAGUUCAAUCAGAUAUUUCUCAUGUUUUAGCCUGUGGAGUAUCCUGAGGUGUGUGUGAAUUCAAAGAACGUAGGGUGGGUGGAUACAGAAAAUGCUUGUUUGUGAAAUGAAUUAGUUGUACCUUAUUUAAUUAAAUGUAUGUGUCCCUAUACCAUGUCUUAUGAAACACACACAACAUAAACCAAAACAGCUUCUUAUGAUAUGACUUUGUAAAAGAUCCUCUGGAAAGACUAACAGAUAUGUCCUUCCUCCACUGUCUACUGAAGCUGUGUGUGACUUGACAAGACUUUGUGUUGGGAGUGAUCUAACUGAAGCAGGUUGCUAAAUGCAAAGCAGCUCCUUUAUGACGCACAACGUUACCUCUGCUUCCACCUGGUGGCCUAACACGAGUUUAUUAAUAUGCAACCCCAUAAAAAACCGAAGGAUCACCAAUCACCACUUUAUUAUCAGUGACUCUCAAAUGGCAGAUGAACGAUGACAGAAGUAAUUGCAACACACCUUUACAUGUAUUCAAUGAAUGUUUGACUUUGAGGGACUUGAAAGACUCUGCUGUAACUGGAGGAGCCUCUGAGGUAGUGAGGAGGACACUCAUACCUGUGAAGUCUUUGAUUGGAAGAAUUCAGCAGAGGAGGAACCUCUGAUUAUAUCCUAAUUCCUGAGAAACUCACGCUUACUGCUGAAACUCCUGUGAAGCAUCUGAACAGAACACCUUCCUGCAUACCUGAAGCUCAAACUGCAGCAUGCAACAGCAGGGCCGGCAGAGGCUGAGGCCGUGGCUGGAGGAGCAGAUUCAGUCUGGGACGUAUCCAGGAGUCAGCUGGCUGGACCAGUCAGCACAAAUCUUCCAAAUCCCGUGGAAGCAUGCCGCUCGACAUGGCUGGAGUAUUGACCGAGAUGCAACACUCUUCAGGAGCUGGGCCAUGCACACUGGACGGUAUCGCCCAGGCAAAGACAAGCCAGAUCCAAAGACAUGGAAGGCCAACUUUCGCUGUGCUUUGAAUUCUCUGCCCGACAUCUGUGAGCUGCAGGAGCACAGCAGGAAGAGAGGCAGCAACGCCUACAGAGUGUACAGGAUGCUGCCCAGCACGCACACACCCAGACGCAGGAGAGGGCUGCGUUUGUUCAGCAGACCCCGAGAAAGACAGGCCGGUUUAGGUGAUGAUACACACAUCACACACACUUGGCAACCCACAACAGCAAGACCUGUUCCAGACACACCGCAGAAGGUGGAGCCCCCUACUGAAGACAUCUUUGCCAACGCUCAAACACACGGCAUGUGGGAGACAAAACCAGAGGACCAGGAGCAAAAUGAGGCUGUAUACAAGUUGAUGGACCACCUAAGCAGCAGUGACCACUGGAACCAGAUCGAGGAGCAGAAAGGAUGGAGGACACACACACUGUGGGACCACUGGCAUGGUGCUGGGGAUGAAUACGCGUAUUCUCUGCACACAAACACCUAUGGUGAUCUGUUUGGUCCAAACUACAUCAAGGAACUCUCUGAUUGGUCCAUACAUCAGCAAACACUGAUGCUCUAGCUGUUCACAAACAGCUCACAUUUGAUUAAAGCUGUGUUUGCUUCUCGCUAACCUUCGGCUGUUUUCCGCCCUGCUGUCUGUCUGACUCAGCUGACCGCUGCAGAAGAGAAACAAGAGAGGGGAGAGCGGGCGGAGAUUAUUGCUCUGUCAGUCAGCGCAUUGGUCAUCUCUCUGCUGAGCAUGCUGAGAUGAAGAUCAUGUUCCAAGCCAAGCUUUUCUUCUGUCAUCAUCACCUGGGUUCAUUCUGGUUCAGAGGCUAAAACUCACUGAAGUGACACCAUGCUUACACCACAGUGCACAGAGUAAGCAGAUCUCAUUUCUCUUCAGUGCAGGAUCGGUUGUGCUUUUUUGUCAAUAUAUAUGAGUUUGAUACUGUCAUGCAAAUGUCUCUAAAUAUGAUCUUAUAAAGAUCUGUAUUUUUUUUCCAAGUGAUAAUUGGUGCAUUUUGUUGUUAGACUAUGUUAAAUGUUUUGGUUGUGUCUGUUUUGUGUAUUUUUUUGAUUAGUUCAACAUCUCGAACAGUUUAAAAUCAACUGAUGCACAUGACCGUGUCAGGUGUCUUUUAGUUGUGGGUACAUCUAUUCAGUUAUCUUAAAAAAACAACUAAAUUGAUGAUGUGGCUUUAUUUUGAAUCAUCUUUUAAAGUCUUGUGUUUAUAUUUUUUAAAUCAUUUUCAAGAAACAUAUUGACAGCAGCUAAAAACACUCAGCAGCACAGAUAAAAUAUGAUGUGUGACAAGUUCCUCCCUUAAAAAUGAUGACAUCAGACUUUUACCAUAAAAAGAAAACCAUGUGUAGAUCGAGUGUUGUGCAAACCACAAGUAAAACCCACUCACACCUCCAGGUGAACAGUAAUCUACUGAAAUCUAAUCUCUUAAACGAGACAGUAGAAAACUGUUUUCAAAAGGCUUCAGAGAGCUAGACAUGGGGAAUGUGAGGUCAAUAUGAGGAAAUGUCAACUUAAAUGGAACUUCAUUUCUUAUUUAAAAAAAAUGUUUACUUCAUUAAUAAUUGCCUUAAAGGGACAGGUGUUGCAAAUUAGCAUCCACUAUAAACACUCUGAUAUUGCUGUUUUCAGUUUGUCUAUGUACUGUAUCUGAAAUAAAACACAAGAUAAAUAAUAAAAUAAAAGCUUUUAAUGGUA